AUUAUAUAAUUACUCCCAUUCUAAAUCCCUUCUACUUCACACCAACUUGAGAAAUAAUGGAGAAGCUAUUUCUAACACUUGUCCUCUUAUCAUCUUGGUCUCUAUUAGUCUCCUCGUAUAAAUAUAAGGUGCCUGCAAUUUUCACAUUUGGAGACUCCAUUGUUGAUGCUGGAAACAAUCACUUCAACAAGAAUUGCAGUGCUCAGGCAGAUUUCCCACCUUAUGGAUCAACUUUUUUCCACCAUCCCACUGGAAGAUUCACUAAUGGCAGAACUGUGGUUGACUUCAUAUCACAAUUUCUUGGAAUUGAGUUCCAGAAACCAUACUUAGAGGCAAAGCAGGCAGUAGUGAAUGGAAGUAGGAAGGAUUAUCCAUCCAAUGGCAUCAACUUUGCUAGUGCUGGCAGUGGUGUUUUGAGGCAAACAAAUCAGGAUUUGGGAGUCAUACCGAUUCAGGAGCAGCUACAACAAUUUCAAACACUAGUAAAUCAAAAUCAGAUUGACAAAAAUUUAAUAGAAAAAUCAAUUUUCUUCUUAGAAUCUGGUUCUAAUGACAUAUUCAACUACUUUAUCCCCUUUGGCUCCCCUAAACUUGAUCCUGAGACAUAUGUACAAGCUAUGUUAAUUGAGGCAGCAAAUUUCAUAGACAAAAUCUACAAGUUCGGAGCUCGCCGGAUCGCUGUUUUUUCGCUAGGCCCUGUCGGUUGCAUUCCGGCGAGAGCCCUACUGCCAGGUUCACCCAUUAAUAAAUGUUAUGGAAAAAUGAAUGUGAUGGUUAAGAAAUAUAACAAAGGAUUGGAAAUGUUAGUGAAGGAGAUGGCAAGUAAGUACCCUGGUGCAAUUGGUGUUUAUGGUGCAGUGUAUGAUGUUGUUCAACGAUUUCGAGCCAUUCCAACUCGCUAUGGUUUUACAGAUGUUAGUAAUGGGUGCUGUGGAGAUGGGCCUCUAGGAGGAUUGGUGCAAUGUGGGAAGGAAGGUUACAAGAUUUGUUCAAACCCUAACACUUACUUGUUUUGGGAUUAUUUCCAUCCAUCUGAGCAUACUUACAACCUUAUCUCCAAGGCUUUAUAUGGAGGAAAGCACUCAGCAAUUAGGCCUUUCAAUUUGAAGACUUUAGCCACUAUAUCUUAAGAGACUGGAUAUUUCCCAUUUUGUUAGCUUAUGCAAUCAUCAAACAAUUCUAUUUUUUUCCUUUUGAGAUUAGAGGUUCCCAGGUAUUGGGUAUCAGUAAUAAAAUGUUAAUUUGGAAUUCUUUAAAUUAUUCUUACUAUAAUCUGAAAGGCCACCAUGCAUUUAGAA